GCGGGGGCUGCGCCGGGGCUGCGGGAUAGGGCGGCAGUGAGGGUUCUCGCCCCGCACCGUGCCGCGCCGAGCCCAGCCGCGCUCCCCGGUGAUGCGCAGCGGCCCCGCCGCCUGACCCGCUGCCAUGGCCCCCGGCGGGGCGGCGGCGGGGGUCCCGGCGGGGCUGCGAGCCGCUGCCUGGCUACUGGCGUGCGCCGCGCUGUGCCGGGGCCGCGCCGCCGCCUGCCCGCCGCUCUGCGCCUGCAGCGGCACCACGGUGGAUUGCCACGGCAUGGCCCUGCGCGCCGUGCCCCGCAGCCUGCCCCGCGCCGCGGAGCGACUGGAGCUCAACGGCAACAACAUCACACGGAUCAACAAGAAUGACUUUGCUGGAUUGAAGCAGCUCCGUGUCCUGCAGCUGAUGGAAAACCAGAUCAGCGUGGUGGAGCGUGGGGCAUUUGAUGAUAUGAAGGAGCUGGAGCGGCUACGGCUGAACCGCAACCAGCUGCACACCCUGCCCGAGCUUCUCUUCCAGAACAACCAGGCACUGUUGCGGCUGGACCUGAGUGAGAAUUUCAUCCAGGCAAUCCCCAGGAAAGCUUUCCGUGGGGCCACCGACCUCAAGAACCUGCAACUGGACAAGAACCAAAUCAGCUGCAUUGAGGAUGGGGCUUUCCGCGCCCUGCGAGGGCUGGAGGUCCUGACCCUGAAUAACAACAAUAUCACUUCCAUUCCUGUGUCCAGCUUCAACCAUAUGCCCAAGCUGCGGACAUUCCGCCUGCACUCCAACCAUCUCUUCUGCGACUGCCACCUGGCCUGGCUUUCGCAGUGGCUGCGCCAGCGCCCCACCAUCGGGCUUUUCACCCAGUGUGCUGCUCCAGCCCAGCUCCGUGGCCUCAAUGUGGCCGAGAUCCAGAAGAACGAGUUCAGCUGCUCUGCUGCUUCCCUGGCAGGACAAACGGAUCCAGGACGUGCCCAGUUCUGCAGCUUGUCCUCUGGCUCCUGCCCAGCCAUGUGCACUUGCAGCAACGGCAUUGUGGACUGUCGGGGCAAGGGGCUGACGGCCAUCCCUGCCAACCUGCCCGAGACCAUGACAGAGAUACGCCUGGAGCUCAACGGCAUCAAGUCCAUCCCCCCAGGUGCCUUCUCCCCCUACAAGAAACUGCGGAGGAUAGACCUGAGCAACAACCAGAUCUCCGAGAUUGCCCCCGAUGCCUUCCAGGGGCUGCGCUCACUGAACUCCCUGGUGCUGUAUGGCAACAAGAUCACAGACCUUCCCAGGGGUGUCUUCGGGGGACUUUUUGCCCUGCAGCUGCUGCUCCUCAAUGCCAAUAAGAUCAACUGUGUGCGGGCAGAUGCCUUCCAGGACCUGCAGAACCUCUCGUUGCUCUCGCUGUAUGACAAUAAGAUCCAGAGCCUGGCCAAGGGCACCUUCACCUCUCUGCGGGCCAUCCAGACCCUGCACCUGGCCCAGAACCCCUUCGUCUGUGACUGCAACCUGAAGUGGCUGGCAGACUUCCUCCGUGCCAACCCCGUUGAGACCAGCGGCGCUCGCUGUGCCAGCCCCCGGCGCCUGGCCAACAAGCGCAUCGGCCAGAUCAAAAGCAAGAAGUUUCGCUGCUCGGCCAAAGAGCAGUAUUUCAUCCCAGGGACAGAGGAUUACCAACUGAACAGUGAAUGCAACAGUGACGUGAUCUGCCCCCCAAAGUGCCGCUGUGAAUCCAGUGUAGUUGACUGCUCCAAUCUGAAGCUCACCAAGAUCCCAGAACGCAUCCCGCAGUCCACUGCUGAGCUGCGUCUGAACAACAAUGAAAUCUCCAUCCUGGAGGCCACUGGCAUCUUCAAGAAACUCCCACAUCUGAAGAAAAUAAAUCUCAGCAACAACAAGGUGUCAGAGAUUGAGGAUGGGGCGUUCGAAGGGGCGUCCUCUGUCAGUGAGCUGCACCUCACCGUCAACCAACUGGAGUCUGUGCGGAGUGGCAUGUUCAGGGGCCUGGACGGGCUGAGGACCCUGAUGCUGAGGAACAACCGCAUCAGCUGCGUCCACAACGACAGCUUCACAGGGCUGCGCAAUGUCCGCCUGCUCUCCCUGUAUGACAACCAGAUCAGCACCAUUGCACCGGGAGCCUUCGACACGCUGCAGUCCCUCUCCACGCUGAACCUGCUCGCCAACCCCUUCAACUGCAACUGCCAGCUGGCCUGGCUGGGGGACUGGCUGCGCAAGAGGAAGAUUGUGACAGGGAACCCACGGUGCCAAAAUCCUGACUUCCUCCGGCAGAUUCCACUCCAGGACGUGGCUUUCCCUGACUUCAGGUGUGAGGAAGGUCAGGAGGAGACCAGCUGCGUCCCCCGGCCCCAGUGCCCGCAGGAGUGCACCUGCCUCGACACCGUUGUCCGCUGCAGCAACAAGCAUCUCAAGGCCCUGCCCAAGGGGAUCCCCAAGAAUGUCACAGAGCUCUACCUGGAUGGAAAUCAGUUCACUCAGGUCCCGGGGCAGCUCUCCACCUUCAAGUACCUGCAGCUUGUUGAUCUGAGCAACAACAAGAUCAGCUCCCUGAGCAACUCCUCCUUCACCAACAUGAGCCAGCUCACUACGCUGAUACUCAGCUACAACUCCCUGCAGUGCAUCCCUCCACUGGCCUUCGAGGGCCUCCGCUCCCUCCGGCUGCUGUCUCUCCAUGGCAAUGACAUAUCCAGCCUCCCCGAGGGUAUCUUCGCAGACGUCACUUCCCUGUCCCACCUAGCCAUUGGGGCCAACCCCCUGUACUGCAGCUGCAACCUGCGUUGGCUCUCCAGCUGGGUCAAGACAGGGUACAAGGAACCAGGCAUCGCCCGCUGUGCUGGGCCCCCUGACAUGGAGGGCAAGCUGCUGCUCACCACACCUGCCAAGAAGUUCGAGUGCCAAGGCCCACCUGCCCUGAGCGUCCAGGCCAAGUGCAACCCCUGCCUCUCCAGCCCCUGCCAGAACCAGGGCACCUGCCACAACGACCCCCUUGGCUCCUACCGCUGUGCCUGCCCCAGCGGCUACAAGGGCAAGGACUGCGAGGUGGCACUCAGUGGCUGCUCCUCCAACCCCUGUGCCAAUGGGGGGACCUGCCAGCCCCAGGAGGGAGAAGAAGACGGGUUCAGGUGCCUGUGUCCGGUGGGCUUCGAGGGCCCAAGCUGCCACGCCGUCAGUGACCCCUGCAAGGAGCACAGCUGCAAGAAUGGGGGCUCCUGCAUGCCUGGUGCCACCAACUACACCUGCCUGUGCCCUGACCACUACACAGGGGAUUUCUGUGAGCAGCUGCCGGAUUUCUGCUCAGCUGAGCUCAGCCCGUGCCAGCACGGCUCCACCUGCAUCUCCACCAGCCAGGGGCCCAGGUGUGAGUGUGCGCCCGGCUAUGUGGGGAGCAACUGCAGCGAGGACUUCAAUGACUGCCAGGACCACCGGUGCCAGAACAACGCCCGCUGCCUGGACGAGGUGAACGGCUACUCCUGCCUCUGCACUGAGGGCUACAGCGGCCAGCUCUGCGAGAUGCCACCCCGCACCAUUGGCCAGCUGGGUCUCUGCGAGCGAGCCGAGUGCCAGAACGGGGCUGCUUGUGUGGAGCGGGGUGCCCGUGCCCUCUGCCAGUGCCUGCCUGGCUUUGGUGGCCCCAAGUGUGAGAAGCUGCUGAGUGUCAACUUCGUGGACCGUGACACGUACCUGCAGUUCACCGACUUGCAGGACUGGCCCCGGGCCAACAUCACCCUGCAGGUCUCCACGGCUGAAGACAAUGGCAUCCUGCUGUACAAUGGCGACAAUGACCAUAUGGCUGUGGAGCUGUACCAGGGCCAUGUCAGGGUCAGCUAUGAUCCUGGCACUCACCCCAGCUCAGCCAUCUACAGUGCCGAGACCAUCAAUGACGGGCAGUUCCACACUGUGGAGCUCGUGACCUUCGAUCAGAUGGUGAACCUCUCCAUCGACGGUGGUAGCCCAAUGACCAUGGACAACUCGGGAAAGCACUACACGCUGAACAGCGAGACCCCUCUCUAUGUUGGAGGGAUGCCUGUGGACGUCAACUCGGCUGCGUUUCGCCUCUGGCAGCUCCUCAACGGCACCAGUUUCCAUGGGUGCAUCCGCAACCUCUACAUCAACAAUGAGCUGCAGGACUUCACCAAAACACGGAUGACGCCAGGAGUGGUGCCAGGCUGCGAGCCCUGCCGCAAGCUCUACUGCCUGCAUGGCAUCUGCCAGCCCACCGGUGCCCAGGGCCCCGUCUGCCACUGUGAGCCUGGCUGGGAUGGACCCCACUGCGACCAGCCCCGUGGCGGCCCCUGCCAGGGGCACAAGUGUGUGCAUGGCCUGUGCCUGCCCCUCGACGCCCUCUCCUACAGCUGCCAGUGCCACGAGGGUUUCCAGGGUGCCCUCUGCAACCAGCCCGCCGAGCCACCUGACCCCUGCCGCCACUGGCCCUGCGUCCACGGUCACUGCCGCCUCAGUCCAGGGGGGCAGCCCACCUGUGAGUGCCACGGCGGCUACGACGGAGCCCUUUGCGACCAAGAGCUGGAGUGCCGCGGGGAGCCCAUACGGGACUACCAUCAGGUGCAGCGGGGCUACGCCAUCUGCCAGACGACGCGGCCAGUGUCCUGGGUGGAGUGCCGAGGGGCCUGCGGCAGCCCGGGCACCGGCUGCUGCACUGGGCUUCGGCUCCGACGCAGGAAAUACGCCUUCGAGUGCAGCAACGGCGCAACCUUUGUGGAGGAGGUGGAGAAGCCCAGCAAGUGCGGCUGCAGCCAGUGCCUGUGAGCAGCCACCGGCCCUGGAGAGCCGGGGGGCUGGUGGGGAGCUACCCCCAGAGCCAAGGACUUCGCUUUACCCCGUGGUCCCGGUGCUGCUGUCUGGGUGUUCCAAACCGCCGCUGCAGCAGAAGAGCCCAGCGGCGGGUAGAGCUGUUGCAUC